AAUGUUUUACUUUUUAAGGUAUAUUAACAUCAGCUGUGUGAUAAACUGCAGCUUUUUCUGCGUCUUCGCGUUUUUACGCUUUCAGGAGUGAUCACAAAAGGGUCACAGGAAAUGCCCCUCUUUCCCGACCCCACUGAGCAUGUGCGAACGACAACGAGUCAUCCUGCAGGAAACAGGAAGUGUCCUCACACACCCUCUUCACGGCUGACACGGGUGAAAUCAGAUAAAGAGCAGGAGAGAUGGAAAGAAAGGGAGAUGGGGGAGAAAUGCACAAAAAUGUCCUCACAUUUCACAUUUCUGCUGAUCAUCCAUCAUUUCUGCGAGCUGAAGCUCAGAAAGCUCACCAUGAAAGAGGAGCCAGCGUGGCCUGAGGAGAUAACUGUCACCGGCACUGUGGGUGUGUGGUGGCACUUGAUCAGCUUCAAGUCUUAUCCCACCAAGCCGGCGGCACCAGUUACCAUGUCAACGGUACAGCACGAGCCACCAAUCAGAAUGGCUGCGGCGGAAUUCUGCUUUCUGAUUGGUUAACAGGAAGGUGUUGAUUCACAGAAUAGUACAUGAAAGCCGUAGUUACACCUGUUAGUGUGCAGGACCGUGCAGGAUCACGCUAUGGCGAUAUAUCGACACGGCUCUGGUUGUCACGCUGCGCUGUCCGAGGUGCUGAAAGCCGCGGAUAGCUCGUGUCCAUGAACAAGCUGCUCGUCAACGACGCACACGCCUUUAAUGCGACACGGCGUGGAGGCAGACGGAAGCGCGAGAGCCGGACUGAAUAGCUCUCCCCCUCCCACCAUCAACCACCACCCCUACGGCCACCCCCCACCGAGGCAGCUCAUGAGCUCAUGAGGGAAUAACGGAGAGAGGAGAUGGGGCUGUAAGAGGAGCUGAGCUGCUUGUGCACGACGAGCGUCGGGCGCGAGGUCUAAAGCAUGAUGCCGUGCUUGGUGCGCGCGCUGCUGCGCGUGCUGAGCUGCUUCAGCGUGUCGCGGGUUUUGGCCGACAGUUUAGCUCCUCCAGUAAACGUGUCUAUCCGGGAUCUAAAGGACAACUCAGCUACAGUGACAUGGGACAUCCCAGGAGCAGAGCCAGUUAUCGGAUUUGCCAUCACACAGCAGAAAAAGAAGGUGCACAUGCUGCGCUUCAUUCAGGAAGUGAACACCACCACGCGGAGCUGUGCGCUGUGGGAUCUGGAGGCGGAGACGGACUACAUCGUGCACGUGCAGUCCAUCAGUGCGCACGGGACGAGUCCGCCGAGUGAAACUCUACGCUUCAGGACGCCAAAGGAAGCCGAGAGGCAGGCGUCUAAAAACGAAGUCACCAUGGAGGAAGUGGAGCAAGCCAGUCAGCUGAGGGCAGGGGAGCUCAUCAUCAUCGUGGUGGUGCUGGUCAUGUGGGCAGGUGUGAUCGUCCUGUUCUGCCGUCAGUACGACAUAAUCAAAGACAACGAGCCGAACAACAACAAGGACAAAGCCAAGAAUUCCUCGGAGUGCAGUACCCCUGAGCACCCCACAGGGGGGCUGUUACGGAGCAAGGUGUAACCCCACCUACCCAUCUCCACCUCCACCUCCACCUCCGCCUCCCUCCCGAGGAUGACGAGCAGCAGUUCCUUAACAACAACAACAACAACAACAACAACAACAACAACAACAACAACAACAGCAACCAGACGCCAUCUGUGACGUUAUCAAGGUGUGACACAUUUCUUCAAAAAACAAGGACGAAAUAUUGGAGUGUAAUAACAGCUCACGCUGCACCAGCUGAGGCUCAGGGGAGCCGCAUGUCCUGGCAGCUGUUUCCUGUCUGAAGGAAAGGAGAGGAGACGGAGGGGACAAAUAGGAGGAUGUGUACAGUCCCAAAUGGGUUUACAGCGACGAGACCAGAGCCAACGCUGGAAAGCGUUUUUUUUCCCCUGCACAUUUCCCAUUCAGGAAACAAGCAGCUGCUCUUUACAUCGUUACGCGUGACACAGACGAGGACACACAGCAGUGCUGUAAAGCAGGCAGGACCCCGUGUCCUCACCGUGCGUUCGCUCUUAGAGCGAGAUGAAACUUCCGAUAAAGCGAGUGAUUUAAACCACAGCACUGUACAAAUUCCUUUUCUACAACGUCGCAAUGUAGCUGCACGUCACGGCCUUCUAUUAUUCAGUAGUUUCUAUGGCAACUACUUAUUUAUUUCUAAGAAAAGUUUAAAGUUCACGGUAAGUGAUGUGAGGUACUGUUUAAGGAAACUUUCCUACUUUAUUGUUUACACUAUGGAAGGAGUCUCCAGUCUCAGCGCUGUUUUCGUCUUAUCUAACUUCAAGAGACGAUAAAUCCAUGAGUCUCAAGAGGAAAGGUGAGGAGACGACUGUUUAUUUCUAGCUGCUAUAACAUAAACGAUGCCAGGAGAUUGUUUCUCGGACAUUCCAUAACAUUAAACGCAACUCUCAAAGGAUAAAAAAACUACUCUGUUGUGCUUUAAUAAUAAUAAAAAAAAAUAGCUGGUUAAUUUCUGUGGUCUAAAAGGAAUAAACCACUUGUGCUGUUUUUGGAGAAUAAUGAACUCUGUAGUGGAAACAUCAAGGUUAUUGAUUCAUUUCCUUUAAAUCUUUUAAAAAUUAUUUAAUGCUCAGUAAUGUGCUUGAAUACGGCACAUCUACAAUGAGAGAAUCCAAAAUAUUAAACUUUAAUUCCAUUAAAGUUCCAGAUUUGUGAGGAAAAAUAGUUGCCUGUUCUGUACCCAGUUAACAUGUGUAUCCAGAAAAGAAAACGGACUAAACAAUAAAUAAAAUGCAAAAAAAAAAUGCAAAAAAAAAAAAAACCUGCAUAAAUAACAUGUAAAAGCAUGCAUGCGUAUGGAUCAUUACGUCAUCACCAUGUUUCUGAAAUUGAUGUCAUUUUGCCGGUUUCUCCUUUUUAGAGCUACGGUGCAGUGAACCGCUAAAGUCUCCUGAUUUUAUUGUUUAGUUCUGACACUUUCAAAUUUUUCUUUUAAAGCGUGUGUUACUCAUCAGUUACAAAAGUGUGAUAAUGUGUAAACAGAAGAGAAGAAAAGGUAGCUAGAAGCUGCUAUCUGAAUCCGUCCUGAAACGCUCCUGCUCUGAAGGACAUGCUUCUCAAGGACAUUCACUCGGGUACCUCACAGAUGCCAGACUCUCCUCCGGGGGAAUCGUUCAACAAGGGCUGAAAACCUUUCACAUCAGCAAUAAUGCAGGACUCGAUAACGAGAACUUCAUAACAGGGGAAUUAAUUAACGUUGACUUUCAGCAGGAUGGAAAAGUUUCACUCACUUUUUUUAUGAUCGAUUGUACAUCUUUUGUACGCCUCAGAUGAGAAAAAAGAUAAAAGUCUUUAUUUGUUUUCUGCUAAAAAGUAGAAACUCCUGCACUGAUUUUUUUUCCUCACUAAAGUCAGUUUAGGUGCAAUUAUUCAAGUAAAACUGAGUUGUGUAAAAAAAAAAAUCUUUACACAUUCUUUGUACUGCUUGAAAUGAUGAAUGCUUUGAAUUAUUACUUUUUACGAUCGUCUCUUGAUUAUAGAUUUUGUACCAGUCAAAAAAAAAAAAAAAAAAACAACAACAAAAAAUAACAUGAGAAAGGUCAGAACCGAUUUGCUUUUCGGGAUUUUUGAUGCAUCCCAAAGACAGAAAUGAUAUCAUGCUCGCAUUAAACUGUUAUGAUCGCAAAGAAAAGUGUCUGUGUCUAUAACAGCAGCUCUGACAUUAUGUCAAUGCGCUUGUUCUAAUACAUAUAGACUUUAAUUUUAACAGUGCUUUGUUUGUAACAGACAGAUAUAAAGCUGUAACUUUAAGAUCUCCAUUAUCUUUAGAACUGGAGGAUUUACUAUGGGUUUUUUGGUGGCUUUUCUGUAACAGGAUAAGCUGUGAUUUAUUUUAAAUUGUAUUCUUUUUUAGCUUCAAGAGAGAGAAAAAGACGAAAGAGCUGUUUAUAGCUGUUAUAGUGAAAGUUUGUUUUGUUUUUAUGACUCAUUAUUUAUUUUGCAUCAACGUCCAGUAAAUAAAGCUUUUUGACUUUUGAAUGCAUUAAAGAUUUUUAAAUUUUUAUAUUUCAAUGCUAAAGGAAAGAAAAAAAAACCUCCUGCCGUAAAUAACGCUCGUUUGGUGUAGUGAUCGAUGGUUUUGCAGCAGUGGGGAGCAACAGAAAUACGGCAGAGGAGACUGUUGCGCGUUUGUUUGCGUCAUAAAAGCCUUCUUAUUUCCGACUAAAUAACUUUCUUUUAGCUCGUGCUUCCGGUUGAUGAAGUGGAACUAUAAAUGCUGAGAGGCUCGUGCAAGCUGUUCUGCUAGCAGACAGUUUAGCUCCUCCAGUAAACGUGUCUAUCCGGGAUCUAAAGGACAACUCAGCUACAGUGACAUGGGACAUCCCAGGAGCAGAGCCAGUUAUCGGAUUUGCCAUCACACAGCAG